CUAUAAAGUUCAACACGGCCAGCCACUUUGGACAUUGCACAACGACUAAAGAACAGGCGCUUUGAUUUUUUUCUCUUUCCAUGGAAGACAGUAGUCAUAACUCAACCUCCUCGGCCGUUAUCUCCGCCAUUUCCUCCGUCCCUGAAUUAACAGAAGCCGAUCUCCAGAUCCUCACCUCCGGUGGCCUCCGCAUCCCCGCUCACUCCAGCAUCUUGGGAAUGGCGUCGCCAGUGCUGGAAAGUAUAAUCGAGAGCUCUGAGAGAGUCAUCCCGAUUCUCGGCGUACCAUGCGACGCCGUUUCCGCUUUUGUUGGAUACCUCUACUCUUCCAGGUGCACGGAAGAGCAAAUGGAUAAAUACGGGAUUCAUCUUCUAACAUUAUCACACGUUUACUCGGUCCCACAGCUAAAGCAGAGGUGCACCAGGGGAGUGAGCCAGCGGCUGACGGUCGAGAAUGUGGUGGACGUGCUACAACUCGCCUGGCUCUGUGACGCACCCGAUCUCUACCUCAAGUGCAUGAAACAGGUCCUCGCCCAUUUCAAGGCUGUCGAGCAAACUGAAGGCUGGAAAUUCAUGCAGGAUCAUGAUCCCUGGGUCGAACUCGAAAUCCUUAAAUUCAUCGAUGAAGCUGAAUCGAGGAAAAAGAGAACGAGGCGGCAUAGGGAAGAGCAGAGCUUGUAUUUACAGCUGAGCGAGGCAAUGGAGUGUUUGGAGCACAUAUACACGGAAGGGUGCACGACUGUUGCGCCGUACGACGUGGAGCCAGCAAAGAAAACGUCCCCCUGCAACAAAUACAAAACGUGCCAAGGUGUCCAGCUGUUGAUCAAACAUUUUGCUCUGUGCAAGAGAAGGAUUAAUGGAGGUGGGUGCUCUCGCUGCAACCGGAUGUGGCAGCUCCUUAAACUCCACUCCUCCAUUUGUGAUCAGCCUGAUUCUUGCAGGGUUCCACUUUGCAGGCAAUUCAAAUUGAAAGCAAAACAACAGAAAAUGGGUGAUGAUGCAAAAUGGAAGCUACUUGUGAGGAAGGUUUUGUCUGCCAAAGCUAUGUCUUCUCUAUCUCUACCCAAGAGAAAGAGAGAGGAGGAGCUGAGGGAAACAAUGGAGGAUCAUGUAUUGAAAACCUUCAGAUUACUAUAGAAAGGAGAUGGUUAAAUUCUUUUAUUCAUAAGAGAGAAAAUUGUGUCAUGGUGGUUUGUAUAUGAAGUGAGUUCCUUUUUUCCCAGCUAGCUUCAUCCUAUAAUCACAUCCUCUUUUGGAGAUUUUAUAGUGCAAUCCUGCUAUUAUGGGUAGUGUGAUAGUUUGUGUUCGAAGCAAGAUGAUGUAAAAUGGAGUGUUUACUUGUAAAAUUCUAAAGCCUCUUCAUUUUGUGCAAAUGAAAAUGGUUUGUACUAAGUUGCCAAAGUCAAUAAAAUUAAAUCCGAUAUUUAAUUUAAUUGUUUAUGUAAUCAUUCUUAAAGAUGAUAUUCAAUA